UCUCAACCAAUAUCAUAUAUUUCUCAUCAGAUCCAAAGCACAGUUCCAAAACAACACAGAAAACCACACAAAACAAACAAACCAUGACAUUCUCCACGUUCCUAAACUUCCUAUUCCCACCCCCACCUUCACUAUUCAUCACCACCAUGUCUGUCAUAACAUGUGUCUCCCUUGCAAACGCAGGUAUCAAUGAAGUUAGAGGGAAGCAUUUAAACUAUUCCAAAUUCUGGAACGUAGAAAAUAACAAUGGUGAUAAGAAGAAGAAGAAGAUGAUAAAAUUGUCGAGUAAAAGUGGUAUGUUAUUGUUGUAUACUCCUGCUUUUGUUGCUGGUGCUGCGUCGUUUUUGGUGUUUCCUGAUGAUGGUUUUAGAUCUUUGGUUCUUCAAGGUGCUGUUACGUUUCAUUUCUUCAAGAGAGUUUUUGAGGUUCUAUUUGUCCACAAAUAUAGUGGUUCUAUGGCUCUUGAAACUGCAAUCCCCAUAACCCUAAGUUAUUUUCUCUCAUCUGCAACUCUGAUCUAUGCUCAACACCUCACAUCGAAUCUUCCAGAACCAUCAAUUGAUCUAUUGUAUCCUGGAAUCGCGCUGUUUCUUGUAGGCGUCACCGGAAACUUCUACCAUCAUUAUCUUCUAUCCAAAUUAAGAGGAAAAGGUGAAAAGGAAUACAAGAUUCCUAAAGGUGGCUUGUUUGAUUUUGUGAUAUGUCCUCAUUAUCUUUUCGAGAUCAUAGGGUUUUAUGGAUUUUCCUUCAUUUCUCAGACAUUGUAUUCGUUCUCUUUCGCCAUAGGCACUACUUUCUACCUUUUGGGUAGGAGUUAUGCAACUAGAGAAUGGUAUCUCUCUAAAUUUGAUGAUUUUCCUAAGAAUGUUAAGGCUAUUAUCCCAUUUUGGUUCUAAAUAUUGCAAGCUAGGUACAACUAUAUAUUUUACAUAAUUGUGUUGUGAUGUUAUUCAAAUAUAAGAGGUAGGUAGUGGACUUAUUUCUGUUGGUAGUUAUUGUUCAUAAGUGAUUCUGUUACAUAAGUGAUUCUGUUAAUACAUUUGCAAUAAAUUUUUCAUUGUUAA